CUUCUUGAAUCAUCUGGAGAAAAACAGGAGGCAGAAAAGGUCUUAACAGAAUAUGCAAAUAAUACUAAGAACCCGGCCAAUCCUAAUGCCCACGUGUACCUGUACGAGUUCAUGACGAGGAAUGAGGCUUCUGAUGAAAUGCUUAUAAAUACUCUAAGGCCAUUGUAUGCCAUGACGCCAUCCCACAAACUUAUGCUGAAUUUUAGCAAACUCCUUCACAGUGCUGACUCAGAAGACGAUCAGAAGCUUGCUCUACAGGUUCUUUUUGAUCUCUUGGAAUUUUCGGGUUGGAAGAAGGAUCUAAAGGCUUGGAGUUACUUGGCAAAGCAGCUGAAGAGAACUUUUCGCCAUGAUCGUAGCGCUUGGGUAUUAGAGGCCUGGCUGCCCCGAAAGAGCUGGUGGCCGUCGUACCACUUCACAAAGUUUCACGCCAAAAAGGACUGGCAGGAGUGCGCAGAACUUGCCAUGAAAAAGGCUUUAGUAGCUGGAACGUUACAGGGACCGGACUGUGUCUAUUAUACCUGGGUCUCUGUAUCCGGGAGGCGUCGGCACAAGGCGGCCAUGAAUCGUAUGGACAAGUUUAUUAAGAAGCACAACUGUGAAAACAUCCCAGAUCCAGUGUUGGUGCCGUCUGAACCGUAGAGAAGCAGGCAGCCAUUUUACCCAUACAUCACUACGUUGAGGUGUCGGACACUAUGAUGACGCAGUCACAUGGUACGUCACAGGAUCAUAUUGGACAAAACCUCCACUAAACGGAAUCGGAUUGUAUCACUUGAAACCUUUUCGUAAUUACUAACCGGCUUAGAUGGAUCAUGUGAUACACCGUGGUGCGUUCCAUAAAAAAUGGCUGCCUCCACCGUUAGUUGAACCAACCACCCCUCCCCUCCAGUUAUAUGUGAAGGAUCUCAUCAUGGACCUUUUUGUUGUGUUCUGUUUUCAUGUUUAAAGUUAAACAGUUUAAAGCAGAAAGUUAAACAGUUUUUUGUAAAUUACUUCUAUUAAAAAAUCUUAAUCCUUCCAGUACUUAUUAGCUGCUGAAUACUACAGAGGAAGUUAUUUUCUUUUUUGAACACAGAGCUCUCUGCUGACAUCACGAGCACAGUGCUCUCUGCUGACACCUCUGUCCGUGUCAGGAACUGUCUCCAGAGCAGAAUAGGGUUGCUAUGGGGAUUUUCUCCUGCCGUGGACAGUUCCUGAUACGGGCAUCAGGUGUCAGCAGAGAGCACUGUGGAUAACACAAAAAAGAAAUUCAAAAAGUAAAGAAUUUCCUCUGUAUUAUACAGCUGCUAAAAAGUACUGAAAGGAUUGUUUUUUAAUAGAAGUAAUUUACAAAUCUGUUUAACUUUCUGGCACCAGUUCAUUAUAAAAUAAAAAGAAAAACGUUUUCCACCGGAGUAGCCCUUUAAAGGGGUAAUCCACUGGAAAACAUUUUCUUUUAAAUCAACUGUUGCCGGAAAGUUAAACAGGUUUGUAAAUUACUUCUAUUAAAAAAUCUUAAUCCUUCCAAUACUUAUCAGCUGCUUAAAGGGGUACUCCGGUUUAAACAAAUU